AGUCUUCCGGGUUGAAGUUCCUGCUGCUGGUGGUGCUGAAGUUGUUUUGGAUGUGCAAUGGCAGAGGACCCUUCCCCAGCUGUCCGGGUCUCGGAGAUCAAGGACCCGGCGGCUCUCUUCGAGCGCUACAACACCGAGGAGAUCCGCCGGAUCGAGCGCAAAGUCCGCGGUGAGAUCGAGCAGAAGAAAGAGGAGCUGAGGCAGAUGGUCGGGGAGCGCUACAGGGAUCUGAUCGACGCCGCGGACACCAUCGGAGAGAUGAGACAGUGCUCGGAGAGUGUGGUCCAGUCAGUCCAAGACAUGCACCAGUACUGCCACAACCUGAAAAGAGGAAAAACCAACGUGAGCAGCAGACAGGAGGUGAGCGACGCAUCUGUAUUUGUUGACUGUAGCGUCAAACCAGUUUGAUAUCCGGCUUUUGUCCUUGUAAGAAAGACUGUCACGCCUAAAUCUAACUCAUGUGUACAACGGGACUGUGUUGUAGAGUCAGAGUGUAUGGCAGGACAAGUUCUACACCAUGGCCUCACAGAUCAAGCUCCUCCUGGAGAUCCCGGAGCGCAUCUGGAGCGCCAUGGAGGCAUCCCAGUACCUCCAGGCCACUCAGCUCUACCUGCUCUGCUGCCACCUGCACAGUCUGCUGCAACUAGAAGCUGCCACAGGGGGACACUACAGUCCUGUCCUGGCCCGCUUCCCUAUCCUGGUCCGACAGGUAGCCACCACUGGUCACUUCAGGUACUUACACAUCCUAUUAGUACGUAAUACUGUAUGUCUUACUUUAGUUAGAGAUGAGUUCAUUACUAAAUUGAGUUACUGGUACAUGAGAUUUAAGCUUGAAUGGAUAUCCAAUGCAAAAGCUAAGUCACGGGUCAGAUCAUAGAGUCUAUCUCAUCACAGGUCCACCAUCCUCAUGGACAGCAGGUCUCUGCUGCAGGGCCGCGCAGUGUCAGACCAGGCUAUUGCUGAGGCCUUGGUGUCCACCAUGCUGUUGGAGGGCAGCUCUCCACGUCAAGCCCUGGCUGACUUUCUGCUGGCUCGGAAGGCCUCUAUUCAUCAGCUGCUCAACCAACCACAGCACGGUAAUGUACAAGUUAUAGCCAUAGUGUGUGGUUCCUUGUUGGCUAACAGAAAAUAUUAUUCACUGUCUUAUUAUUUUUUACAUGCAGCAAUGAACCAUCAAAUGCAAUAGUCUCAAAUAUGUUUUGGCACAGGCGCAGGGAUCAAAGCCCAAGUGUGCAGCCUGGUGGAGCUGCUCGUCACCACUCUUUUCCAGGCCUAUGCUGUUUUCUACCUCCCCUCUGAUGGGGGACCCAGACAAGGGGAGGGAACCCUGUGUUGCGGCAUGCUCUUCUCCAUCCUGGAGACUGCCACCUCCAACACACCUGCAGGUGAACAGCAGUGAUGCUCUGUUUUAGGAAAUGUUUGGUCAUUUCCCUCUCAGAGAACUCUUUGGUCUCCUUCAAUGAUCUACGGCCUCUUAUUGGCCAUUAGGCAAUAAUAAGAUUGGUCUUGGAGGUAUAGGAAGUAGGAUAGAUUGGAAAAAAGUGUUCAUGUAUAAAAAUGAAAUAAAGUCCUUGUCUCCUCAGCUAAAGGAAAAAGGGUGAUGCAGGAAGAGACGAGUACAGGCGGCUGGUUUAAGUACCUGCCUCCCUCUGUCACUGAAUUCCAGCCCGCCCUUCGCAACCUGGCACAGCCAAUCCAGAGAGAUCAGCUCCGGGACACCCUUCAGCAGUGGAUUGACACGUAAGUUAUUGACACGUAACAAUCAAUCGGGACACUUUUCUUUUUUUACGCACUAGCUCAGGGGGUUUUUAUAUAAAGUUAACUUUAAUGAACUUUAAUGACAGUGUUUAUAUAUUUCACACGAAAAAUCAUCAUGAUGACGGUCAUAAUUCUAAAAACAUCUGCAGCUGUUGCAAAUGUUCUCCGUCCAUAAGGAACACAUGCAGAAUCUGAUGUUUUGGCAUGAUUAGAGAAUAAGCUCAUCUUCUCCAACACCGACUUGAUUUAUUUCACUUUUUUAAUCGUCCUGUCCUUUUUAGAUGCAAAGAGGUAAUCUGUCGUGGCGUUGGCGGCCUUCUAGUCUAUGUGAAGAGCCUCAAAGGGUUAGCAGCCAUCAGGGAUGCUGUGUGGGAUCUCCUGUCCACAGAAUCCAUUAGUCAGCACUGGGGCACUGUGUGCCAGCGGCUGCUGGAGCGACCACUGGUGGUUUGGGAUGACUUCCUCCAGCAACUCUUCCUUCAGCGCCUGAAAGUAAGUGAAUCCUGAGCUUGACUGUUGAAAUCACAGCUUAUAGUUUCUGGUAUCUAAAUAAAUACCCCUGUCUCUCUAUAAUAGUGAAUAACUAUUUCCUCCUUUUGAGUCUGGUUUAAUCUUGACAAGAUCACAGGCCUGUCAGUCAGUAAAAGGGAUAUUCCGGCGUAAAGUUAAUUGAGGGUCAAACACACCGUCACCGUCAAAUUAAUUUUACGCCAGAAUAUCCCUUUAAAUACAGAUGUUAUGUGCUGUAAUUUCUGAAUGGGUUUCUCCCUCAAGGCUAUCACCAAAGAAGAAACUGAAGCCAUCUCAACAAGCUCUGUUCAGCUUCUUGUCUCAGCUGUAAGGGACUUGGAGAGCCAGACCUCUUCAUGUACCAGCCCCACCUUCAGCCGUGGGGCCCAGUAUGAAGUAGAUGUGGCAUCCUUCCUGUGGUCAGAGUCUCCAGGGGACCUACUGAGUGAUGCAGGGUGGGUCAGCGUGAGCCAACGGGGGCAGCAGCAUCAGAGGAGUAGCCUUGCCAUGAAGACUCAAGCCCUGACACCUUGUGUUCAAAACUUCUGCUCUUCUAUGGAUGCGAAGCUCAAGGCAAGACUGGAUGACCUGCAGCACUACCUUCCAUCCCAGGACACAGGUGAGCAGCGUUAAAGCAAAGCUACUUUGUGCUAGUCUGCUGGUGUUAAGAGAUCCUCCUUUACUUUAAGAGUGUUUUCAAAGUUUAUUAACCAAAAUAAAAAUGAAUAUAGCAGGUCUAAGCAUUCGUAAAGCAAGAACCACUCUCCAUUUUUAAGACUCGUUUUAAUACCCAUUUUUAUUCAUUGGCUUUCAACCCUGCAUUAGACGCGGCUCCUGUAUUAGUGUUUUAUGUUUUGUUUUAAGUUAUUUGUUUCUAUUGUUUUUAAAUUAGUUUUAAAAAACAUUAAAACUAUAUUUUACUUUCUAAUAUCUGCUUCUAUUUUAUCCAUUGUUUUAAUUGUUUUUUGAUUGUUUUUUAUGUCUGUGUUGUUUUGUGUAUUUAUUUACAGCACUUUGUUCAGCUGUGGUUGUUUUAAAGUGCUUUACAAAUAAAGUUGAGCUGAGUUUAGUUGAGAGUUGAGAACCCAGGGUCCUUGACAGCAGUGGGAUUAUGGUAGAGAACAAUGCACCAGCUAAGAUUUAAUAAUAAUAAUAAUAAUAAUAACUUUAUUUUUAUAGCACUUUUAAAAACAGACGUUUACAAAGUGCUGACAAACAGUCAUAAAGCAUCAGCACAUGGAAAUAAAAACAAAUAAAAAACAAAAGCUCAGUUUAAAACAAGGCCUCCUAAUUGAAGACCAAUUUCAUUUGUCAUAAGAAACCCAGACACUACAAGAACCCUACAACAUAAAAUGAGACCACGAGGACCAAAAUAAAAACAUAAAAUAGGUAAGAAAAAGCAGUGUAAUAAAAAAAGGGGGUUAGAAAGCAGGAAACAGGAUAGUAAAUAUAAAAAGACGAUAUUAAUAAUGAGAAUAAAAUAACAAAAUAAUAAUGAUGGUAAUACUAAUGAUACAAUGAAAUAACAAAAAUGAGCAGGAAAAAAAAAUAAAAUCAAUAAAAAGCCUAAAAGGUUGAAAAGGAAAAGAUUAUUAGUAAAACAAAGGCUAGAAAGACGGUAAGUCAAAAUAAAGUCGAGAUAAAAGAGAUAGAGGGGGUUCCGCUAUAAAACCGAAAUACUAACCAGUCAAAAACAUUUACUGUUAUUCUGUGCUUUGCAGGGUCGGACUCCAUGCCAGUUACAACCACCCCCUCUGGUCCCACAGCAAACACUUCACUGUCUUCCUUCAACCGCUUCAACGACUCACCCGCCGUGGAGGAAGCUUUACGAGAAGGCUGCCUGGCCUGCGUCCACAGAAUCCUAUCUUCCAUCCGCUCCGAACUGGCCGCAGCCUCACCCAACCCCGGGCCGGCGCACCUCAGUUCGGUCCUUUUCAUGGCCAGACUGUGCCAGUCCAUGGGUGAACUCUGCCCCAACCUUAAACAUUGUAUACUGGGGAAACAGAGCGGCUCGGAGGCUUCAACGAAGGGGACGCCCAGACAAGGCAAGAAGUUGGGCAAAGCUAGGGCAGCCGCUGAGGUCAGCCCUGCUCAGGCAAAGUGGGCGGGACUUAAGGAGGAGCUUCUCAACUGCAGCAUGGAGGCGUACCGCAUCUGGAGCUCCACCCUUUCAAAAGUCAGGCACCUUUUAAUAUGUUUAUGUACAUGAGUUGAUUUGUAUGCUCAAUUUUACAGCAGUUAGUGGUAGAAACACUCACUUUAUUCAUGAUUUCGCUGCAAGAGGCUGUUAGCUGUGAUUAACAAAUAACGUUUCACACCAUAUUUUAGUUUCCCUAUGGUGUGUCUAGUAACACUGCUUGGUGUUGUGACAGGUGCUGCUUGACAAAUUAGGCACAGCUCUGCACGCCCAGUCUGCCAGUGCCAUCCUCACAACAGCGACAAACUGGGAGGACCUGGAGAUUCAGGAGGAGGCAGAGUCGGGAAGCAGCGUCACCUCAAAAAUCCGUCUUCCUGCUCAGGUCAGCUGCUCACAUCUGUUUACACGUUUUCAUUCAUUCUGUUCGUUGGUUCGAUGUGAUCGUGACCUUUUUUUUGUUGUUGUUUGUUUGUUUUUCAGCCAUCUUGGUUCGUCCAGUCGCUGCUGUUCCAGCUCUGCGUGGAGGUUAAUAGGGUGGGGGGUCACGCGCUGCCCCGGCCCACUCUGCAGGAGCUGCUGCAGGCCUGUCACACUCAGGCACUGCAGCACUUCCACAGCCUCACACAACAGGACUCCAACAGGGUAAAUCAGACACACAAACCUUAACAUUGUAUUUUUAAUUAGCGGAGAUUAACAUCUACCUGCAUGGAUCAAAUUUUUCUUUGUGGGUUUAUUUUCCUCUGUUUCUGCGUCCAACAGGAGGCUGUAUUCCCCAUGACUCAGAACAGAGCCCUGCAGCUGUUGUUUGACCUCCGUUACCUCAGCACCACACUGGGCUGCAAACAAGAAGAGGGAAAGAGCGCCAGAUCCCAACAAGACCCCAGGUAAUGAUGUUGUGCUUUAGACACACGACACAAAGAAGUGGCUGCAACAGAAAAUUUGAUUCACGGCAGACAUUAUGUUCACACAUGAACAUCACUGCAGUUUUUCCCUGAAGUAGAUUUCCAGCUGGAGUCUUAGGAAAUGUUAUCACUCAGUUUUGAAAGAUCUCCUCUGUGUGUCAUCCAGAUUUCAUGAGGUCUGCGACUGGCUGGAGAGCUUCAUCGACCCAUUCGACCUGGACGUGUUCACCCCUCACCUAAACUCCAAUCUCAAUCGCCUUUCGCAGAGAACCUCGGUACUACCACAGAGCAGUCCUAGCUUCAAAUUCACAUUUGAUACGAGCCUGCUAUAAACCAAUAAUAAGUGUAUUUGCCAUUAUUCACCAGAAACAGAAUUUAUGAGUGUUUUUCUCUUGCUGCUGUGUCUCAGGUGCUGCUGGGGCUCCUGACAGGCUCAGAGAAACAGUUUUCCUUACGAAGCAGUAAUGCGAACUCUCAGGAGCCGUACAACAUCCUGCCACUGGCCAGCAGCCAGAUCAGGUCAGUAGUAAACUUUUAAACUUGUAUUUGAUAAUGUUUUAAAUGAGUAAUUUCACUUUGCCACUUAAAAAAAGAAUUUAGAUAAACAGAGGAGGUUAAACGUUGGCAUGGUGCAUAUUUCUAAAUAACCAAACACCGCAUUUAAAACUAGCUAAAUCCUUUUAAACUCUAAAUAGUUUUAUGGUUAAGACUUCAACUACGAUGUUGCUAUUUAUAUUACACAGUUGAUGUUUCUUUCUUUGUAGGUUUGGGUUACUCCCUCUCAGCAUGUCGAAUGUGCGUAAAUCCAAGUCGACCUCCAGGAGUUCUGAUACUCCUCAUCAACCGGUAAGUGGGGGUCUGAGACUUGUACCUUAAAGCCACCACAAUACACUAGGAAUAUUAUUUUCUCCAUGAGCACCACCACUGACACUUUUUGGUUGAGGUAAAGUGUGCAGAAUAAGAUACCAUGAUGGUGUUGCUGUAAAGUGCAAUACUGAAAACUGAAGUAACCUCACUCACAGCAAACCCUGAUUCACAAUCCAGGCCUCAGGUAUCUGACUCUGCUCUGAUACUGGUCUCACUUUUUCUUAAAACCAGCGGUAUGAUCAGAUUUCUGUCUUUUACUUUGUUUUACCUUUGGUUAAUGUUCUGUUAAUGCCCUCUGCCCUCCCAGCGUUUUUGAGUGCGAGAAAUACAGGCAAGUCCAACAGUAUGUGGUCAUGUUUUUGGUGUGUUUUGGUUGUGUGGUGAAGUGUGCAAAGGUUUACCUUGGGUGUGUUUGGAGUGCGACAGAACUUGAGAUAGACUAAAACUAAGAACUUCCGCUCUGCAAUGUCCGCACUAACCCCCCUCGUCCCGCUUUGGCUCAGGAUAAACUUAACAGAGGAUUUCAUCGGGCUGCAAGAGUAAAAACUUUAGUUGACAAAUCCCAGCUUGUAGUUUUAGUUAGAUUUUAGCCCUUUUUACUCGGACACCAACAAGAUUCAACUCAAUACUAACUUUGUUGCAAUCAGAGAGAUGGAAUAUUUAUCCUCCAUUUUCCUUCUUUUUACUUUAGACGUAAAGGUACGUGUCUGUGAACGUGUAUAUCUCUGACUCUGAACAGGCCGUGUAAAAAGGGCUGGUGUUAAGGUUUCCACAAAUAAAAAGUAGAUGUUUCAGUGCAGCUCAAGCUGGAAUUUGUUUUCUUAUUUACAUCAUUGUUAAAAAAAAAAUACGUAAGUUGAUCCCUUUUACUUCCCCUCUGUGUGUUAAGCUAACUCAGGACCACUUUCAUAGUUUCCAGCAGGCAAAGUUUUUGUUCUUGUUUUCUCGACACUGUAUUACAAGCCUUUCAACAUUCCCAUGCAUAAGAGGGUAGCCUUUGAAAUUCCUACAUCAUUAAACUCUCUGUAACCUAAAGCUGUGGGACCUUGAGGAUCUACUUUUAGUGCUUCUUAUUACCACCACAUUCACAGCUACUCUCAUUUUCAGGGGAGCCUCCUGUCUUAGUAUGUCACUCAUAAACAACAAGGGAUCAUAUAUUUACUCUUCAAAUAGAGGCAGAAACAACACAGAGAGCAUGAAUAGUAUGUUAGCCAGUUUGAAAUCGCCCCCUACUGGCAACAAGAAAGAAUGCAACCUCAACAAUGUGCUCUUAUACACAGUCCAGGGUCUAGAUUCAAUGAGAUACUUUGAAUGACAGUCUCCAAUUGUCUAUAACUAAGGCUCUGGAUCUAUCAGGGGCUAUGGGGAAGGGUGUAUGUGUUUCUCACUAAUUUAAUUGACAGAAAGGGUCUGAUUACCUACCGUAAGUUCAGCAAACCUGAUGUUUUCUUUUCCGCCCCAGCAGGAGGACAGCUUCCGGCCGGGCAGUUUGUUCAGACAGCUGGUUGAUCAGGGAGAAGACACAGCCACGCCGUCUUUAUUCAAACUCAGCUGGCUGUCUGGGAUGGCCAAGUAACAUUGUUUUGCUCACGACUUUUUAUUUGCCUUAGUGGAAACUUUGUAAAAAAAAAAACAGUAUUUAUAGUAAAACAUAAUUUUGUCCCUGGAGGAAA